AUGCCAUUUUCUGUUAAAGAUAUUCCUGAAAAUGCCUAUACAUUUAUGACAAAUUUUAAUUUUAAUGAUACUUAUACUGAUGAUGAUGAAUUGUUAAAACUUUGUCGUUUUGAUGAAAAACUUAGUUUGGAACCACCACGUGUACGUUGUUUUUCACAAGUAUGUAAAUUUGGUGAAGAUCUUAGAAAGUCACGUAGAAUGAGAUCUUUAUCUCAACGUUCCUCAACAUCAAUAAAUAGCAUAUUUCAAAAUUCUCAAUUUGUAAAAGAUUUUUCUAAAAUGAAUACAGACUCAAUUAUUAUUGAUAAAAAUGAAACAAUUAAUAUAAAAAAUUUUAAUUAUUCAAAACAUUUUUUUGAUGAUAAUGAUAAAAAUAUUCAUAUAUUCAAUUUUAACAAACCAAAUAAUUUUCAAACAAAGUGUGUAGAUGAAACAAUAUCAAAAAAUACAUUUCUUUUUGAUUCAUCUAUUGAUGAAAGAUGUUUUAAUGGUGAUUUUAUAGAAUCAAAUAAUUUUAUAUCAAAUCAAUCAGAGUUAACUAAUUCAGCACUAAAUUCUUUAUAUUUUAUAAAAGAUGAAAUUGAUAGUAGUCAAAAUAAAAUACCACUUAAAAAAGAAGAAACAGAUUUUUGGAGACAUCUUUCACAACAAGAAUUUUAA